CAGGCAUUAGGCGGCCGGGACCACCCCCAGCUGCAAGCCAGCCCAGCCUUCCAGGGAGAGAGCAGGCCCACAAACCUCCUUCAUCAUGAACUGGCACAUGAUCAUCUCUGCGCUUGUGGUAGUGUUGCUUAAAGUGGUUGGAAUGACCCUAUUUCUGCUGUACCUUCCAGAAAUAUUUGGGAGCAGGAAUGACAGCAUCAGUCCCACAAGGAGCUAUGGAAGAGUCUGCCCCAAAGAUUGGGAUCUUCAUCAAGGAAGGUGUUUUUUCUUGUCCACCUCUGAGUUGUCUUGGAACAAAAGCAGGGAUGAUUGUCAAACAAGAGGAUCCACUUUGGCAAUCGUCAACACACCAGAAAAACUGGAGUAUCUCCAGGACCUAGCUGGAACUGAGAAGUAUUCAAUUGGCUUAAUGUACCAGCCUGCACAGAAAACGUGGCGCUGGAUCGACAACUCUGUGUUCAAUGGCAACGUUACCAAUCAGAAUCAGAAUUUCAACUGUGUGACCAUAGGCCUAUCAAAGACAUUUGAUGCUGCAUCCUGUGACGUCACUUACCGCUGGAUCUGUGAGAAGAACCCAGAAUGA